CCCAACGCAUGAGCAACAUCUCGCUGUCCUCCGGCACGGACUCCGUGGGCCACAUGGAUCGCGGCAGCAGCUCCAGUCUCGCUAGCAGCGCCACCGUUGGCACCAACACCAUCACCAGCGGCAUUUCCAAGGAGUGCGCCAAUUACCACGUCGGCAGUCAGUCGGCCCGUCCACACUCGAGAACCACACUCGAGAACCACACUCCGCCGGCAUGUUCCGGCUCUGGACCCAUUGCCAUGACGAACGGCUCCAUCCAGUUGCGCCUCCGCGAUGGCGUGCGCAUUGACAUGACUCUGGACAAGGCGGUGCGCGUGCUCAAUCAGCGCAGCAUGGUGGCAGUUGCUCUAUCACGCAACUGCAGCAACUCGGCUUUGAUCCACCCCAAUGGACGCAUCUUGCAGAGCGGCGCUAAAGUCGAAAUAGUCACCUACGACGGCAUGAAGGGCAAUAACUUUGUUCGCUAUGCCAAGAUGUGGUACAAGGGUGUGAGCUUCACCAGCGAGGCGUGCGCUCUCAUCUACCUGGUGGACACAGCCGGGACGCGCACCACAACCGACACUUUCACCGAUCUGACCAAGGACUACACCCUGGCAGUGUUCUAUGACGACUUGCGCCAUGGUCCCUAUUAUAUGGCUGAAGCCCAUGACGUGAUUGCCAAUUCAGCUUACACCUGUACCGAGGAUGGCACUGAGAUCUAUGACAUAAACGGAUUUCGCAUCACCCAGGCAGCCGAUGGCCUGGUGAAGGUCACUCGUGUGGACAACAAGUGCUUGAUUCGCACCAGUCCCGGCAAUGGAUCGGCCACUUUGACCACACCUGGCAUCCAUUGCACUGCCUCUCUGGGCAAGACCUCGCAUCUGUUUGUUCGUCGCAAUGAGAAGCGCAUGCACUUCGAUGGAUCCUAUUUCAUUGUACGCAACGCCGGACACUCCGCCGGCUUCAAUGAGAACAACCUGCUCAUUGUCUACUGAGCGGCGUUCGUAGUCCGGAGAUAGAAACGGCGCAGUGGUAGCCCAUCCCACAAGCACACACUCACACAUGUCAACACAUUUCACCUUGCACACAUACAUAGACACCUACAGCAGCACACUUGAGGGACCUUGACGUGGAGAGAAGGAUUCAGUUAGGAUCCCGGAAUUUAGGAAUAUCAAAAUAUAUUUGGUAAAUAAGUUAGAAAGCAAAUAUGUUCGUACAAAAACCAGCACCACACCACACCACACACACACACACCUCAGCGAAGGAACUCAG